GCAUCGGCUUCCAGCAGCCAGAGGUCGGAUCCGGCUCAGCAGUCGCCUUCUCUUGGUGGCCCGGCGGAGCCCUGGACUAACUUGCUGGGUGGAACGCGUCGGCCCUUAACCCUUUGAGUACUAGAGCGAUCUGCUAGAACACAAGCAGUUAACAGAAGCAGACAUGAAGUCUCCUCUUCCAGAGAAAACCCCGCUGUUCAUCCAUGAACCCAGUGGGCCUGUGUAUAGAGCCCCCUCGCUCACUUACAUUAAAGAGGCAAACACCUUCCUGGCCUUUGCCGAAAGGCGCAAGAAUUAUGAAGACGUCAACGCAGAAUAUUUGGUCAUGAGGAGAGGGAUCUACAAGACUGGAUACGUGAAGUGGGAAGGAAUCCAACCUUUACAUGAAGCCACCCUAAAGAACCAUCGCUCGAUGAAUCCAUGCGCCGUCUACGAGGCAAGCUCCAAAGUUGUGUUCUUGUUUUUUAAUUGUAUCCCAAUUGGGGUUACCGAGAAACACAUGAGAAUCUGGGGAAAUUCUUCUAAGCUGUGCUACAUCACCAGCAACGAUUGUGGGGUGACGUGGAGCACCAUCAAAGAUAUCACGGAAGUGACCAACCCCAUUAGGAAUAUGGCUACCUUCUCCGUGUCUCCAGGCCACGGAAUUCAGACACAAGCUGGGAAACUCAUUAUUCCAGCAUACGUCCAUGUGGCUAAAUUUUGGUUUAUACGCUGGUGGUUUGGGAAGAAACAGUCAUUUUAUCUGUACAGUGAGGACCAGGGGCAUCGGUGGCAAAUAUCUGAGCGGAUUACCAGAUAUGAGUGUGGUGAAUGUGAGUUGGCAGAAAUAAGCAAUGAAGGCAAGAACAUGCUCUAUUGCAACGCACGGUCCACAGGAAACAAAAGGCUGGAGGCUCUAAGCUUAAACGUUGGAGGUGAAUUUAAGUUCGUAGAAAAGAGCAAGAAGUUGAAAGAGACAAGUGGCGGCUGCCAAGGGAGUAUUGUAAGUUUUCUUGGAGCUGAACAACCAGGACAAGAUCGCAACUAUUGGCUUCUCUUUUCACAUCCCCUAAAGAAAGACCAUAGAGAUCUUGGAGUCUUCUUGACCAAGAAUCCCCUUGUCUCUGAGUCAUGGUCCAAACCUUGGGUCAUUUAUGAAGGCUUCGGCGGAUACUCAAACCUUGUUGAUUGUCAAGAGGCCAACACGUUUGCCAUCUUGUUUGAGUGUGGUGAGGAAACUCAGUAUGACAAAAUAGAUUUCUGCCUUUUCACCUUAGAAGACGUGUUGGAAAACAUUAAGAAGAAGAAGAGUUUGUUUGCAAGAUUUAAGAAAUAACAGGUCGCAUUUAUGAAAAGGGGGACCAUGGCUGUUCAUAAGGUAGGACAAAUGAUGACACCCUCUGUCCACUUGGAACUUUGGCCCAUGUGUCACGCCAUUGCACGAUUACCUCCUUGAGGUGUUGAAGGCAUAGUCAGAACCCUUCACAGCGAUUGCCAGGUUUUGGACCUCUACAGGACACGCACCUAUAUAUAUAUCUUGGAGCUAUUCUUUUGAUUUUGCCCCUGCCUGAAGAAUUACCUGUUCGUGGGGCCAUGAAUGAAAUCACAUAAUGCACUAUAGCCUACAGGAUAGGGGUAUAAAACCCCUGGAUGGGUACAUUCAGACCUUGGGCUUUC